AUGCCCCUCCUCGCCCUCCCGCCCGAGCUCCUCGACGCCAUCCUCGACCACCUCCCCGCCCCCGCCGACCUCGCCGCCCUCGCGCUCACCUGCGCGUCGCUCGCCGCGCUCAGCGCCCCGCACCUCUCGCACCGCGUCGUCCGCGCGAAGCUCUCGCACACGCGCGUCUGGGCGCGGCUCGCGCGCGCGGGCGGCGCGCGUGUGCGCUCGCUCACCGUCCUCCCGGAGCGCGCGGGCGAUCUCGACAGGGCGUACGCGGCGGACCUCGAGCUCGCCGAGCGGAUUCCGCCAUUCGCAUGUACGGCAGCGGAGGGGCACGGGCAGGAGGGGCACGCCGAGCGCCUCCUCAUAUCCGCCAUCCGCGCCAUGCCCGCGCUCGCCCACUUCCGCUGGCUGCGCGCGCCCCCGCCCGCGCUGCACGGCGCCGGCGAUGUGUGGGACACGCUCAACGCCCUGGGCACGCUCGAGCAGCUCCACGUGCUCGACCAGCCCGAGGGCGCCGCCGCGCCCAUCGUGCGCAGCGAGACUUUUUUGAGGAUCCGCGGGCUGACGGGCCUCAAGAUCCGCACGAGCGCGCUGGACGCGAACGUCGAUGCGGGGGCGCUGCUCGGCAAGAUGCUCGUCCCCGCGCGCAAGCUAGCCACUCCUGAUCCCUUCCACCCUGACAUAGACAAUUCCCUCCUUGUCUCUGAAUCAAGGGUAGCAGCAUUGGCAGGACGAAGCACGAGGAGACACCGCGCGACGCUGGAAUGUCGCUCCGAUUUCUUCGUGCUCUGUCCUGGCGCCCGCGCGCUCGACACCAUCCUCUCCGCACACACUUCGCACCCUUCUCCCUUCUCCCUUCUCCCCCGCCGCAUCGGUGCGUCCGUCUGUUCUCCCCAGACACUGCCAUCCGCUCUGGCUCACCACAAGCACCCGAAGCCCGUGCCCGUGCCCCCCCUCUCUCUCUCCCAACCGAAAAGACCCCCCGCCCGACCCGUCCGCGCGGUGAUCCGGGCUCUCGGCGGCGGGGGGACGCAGUGUUAUGAUCACAUCUCGGAGUCUCCCGCGCCCCGACGCCAGACGCUCGACUACCAGUGA